AUGAAAUAUUAUUUGAUAUUAUUCGUAAACUUAUGUAUUUUAUAUCCAAUCGAAUCAACGAUUGGUCCUGGUGGUCAUAAAUCCUCAUCAAAAAAUCGCGACCAAAUUGUUUUAUCUGCUUCUACGGAUGAUGAACAGCCGACAGUAUCGCGUUUUAAAUCACAAGAAUCUUCUCAAUUACCAAACAAAAAUAUUUUCGAACGUGGUUUAUUAGAAGAAGAUCUUACACCUGCAUCAAUUCUUGGAAAUUAUCAAUCCUAUUGUUCUAGUUGUACUGAUGUCCGACAAUUUUCUAAUCCUACUCUUAUUUUUAUAACUCCAUGGAAUAAUCAUGGUUAUGAUGUUGCUAAAAUUUUCGCACAGAAAUUUGAUUAUAUUUCUCCUGUUUGGUUUAAUGUAAAACGAAUUGGUUAUAAAAAAUAUCGUAUUGACGGUACACAUGAUAUUGAUUCGGAAUGGGUUAAAUUUUUAAAAGAAAAAAAUUCUGAUGUACGUAUUGUACCUCGAGUUGCAUUCGAAAAAUGGACUUCUGGUGAUGUUCAUGCAUUAUUUGAAUCUGAAGAUGAAAAACAACAAUUAGCAUUAGCAUUAAAAAAUUUUCUAAUUAAAUAUGAUGAAUUAUUUGAUGGUUAUGUUUUUGAAUUACUUUCACAAUUCCAUGCGUCAGCAAAAGAAAUACUUCAUCAUAUACUUAUUGAUAUUGCUCAUCAUAUACAUGAAAUAGAUAAUACAGCAAGACGAAAAGAAAUUAUUUUAGCUGUUCCACCUUUAGAAGAAUAUCUGAAUCGAGAUGAUUUUAAUCUCUUAUCAAAACAUUUAGAUGGUUUUCAUAUAAUGACAUAUGAUUUUUCAGGAAGACAACCAGGACCAGUUUCACCAAUAAUAUGGGUACAGGAAGUCAUGGAUAGAUUUCCUUCAUCUAAAACUGGUACUUCAGUGAAAAUAUUUCUCGGUAUACAUUUAUAUGGUUAUCGUUAUGAUCGUAUUAUGCCACCACCAGCAAAAGAACAACAACAAUUUGAAAUGAAACAUAUUCUUGGUCGUGAUUAUAUUGAAUUUCUUAAGCAGUAUUUUCCAUCAGCUAAAAUUCAUUUUGAUGAACGUGCACAUGAACAUAUUACUGUAGUUCAUGCUCGUUCGGAAACGAAUAUAAAUGGAAAAGCACAGUUGUUACCACAAAUAGUCUUAUUUUAUCCAAGUUUAAAAUCAAUAUAUGAUCGUUUAGAAUUAGCAAUAAAACUCAAUGUUGGAAUAGCUAUUUGGGAUGGUGGACAAGGAUUUGAUUAUUUCUUUGAUUUAUUUUAA